CGCUGCUCGCCGUAUUGCGUGUCCGGCCACACUUCGAACCAACGACGAAAGAGUUGAAGCACACUGCACUGAGGACGGGAUUGUAUAGCACUGCAGUCACUACGGGUCAGGUACCACGGUGACAACCUACGCACUCUUGUCACCGCUGUUGAUCGCGUCAACAUUUCCACCACGGCGCGACAGAUGUAUCCCUCGAGUGGUGCGCCAAUGGCUCACCCUCAGAAGCCCGAGACCUUUAUGCUCUCAAAUGAGGCACAACAAAGCUUGCCCCAGGAUGCGCAAGUCGCCCUGCAACAAGUCGACAACCUCAAAUACUUUCUAAUCUCUGCUCCUGUCGACUGGAGCCCGGAUUCCUUGAUCAGACGGUUCCUCCUCCCCACAGGCGAAUACGUCUCGUGCGUGCUAUGGAACAACCUCUUCCACGUCUCCGGAACCGACAUAGUACGAUGUCUGUCUUUCCGCUUUCAAGCUUUUGGACGACCGGUCAAGAACCCCAAGAAAUUUGAGGAGGGCAUUUUCUCCGAUCUGCGGAAUCUCAAGUCUGGGACAGACGCGUCUUUGGAAGAGCCCAAAAGCCCCUUUCUGGAUUUCUUGUACAAGAAUAACUGCAUUCGAACACAGAAGAAGCAGAAAGUUUUCUAUUGGUACAGCGUUCCCCAUGAUCGCCUCUUCCUCGAUGCGCUGGAGCGGGAUUUGAAGCGCGAGAAGAUGGGCCAAGAAGCGACGACAAAAGCGGUGGCCGAGCCAGCUCUGUCGUUCGAGUUCGACUCGUCUCAGUCUCUCUUCGAGCAGCUCACCAAGGCUCAACAAGCCAGCUCCUCUUCCUUUGCCACAGCCAACGCAAAUGUUCCAUACUCUCAACCGCCCUCACCGGUCAUGCGUGCGACCGACUCAAUGCCCCCACCACAGAUGCUCCCUGCUCAGAUGCCAAGAUCUCAGGAGCAGCCACCGACAAUGUACACUAGCAUGGCCAUGCAGACACCCAUUUCGACCACGGCAAUGUCUCGCGAGCAGGAUUACUCGAAUAUCGCUUAUGAUCGAAAUGGUCUCCCGUAUGACCGCGCACACAUGCGGCAUGCCUCUAUGCCUGCUUACAUGGAGUAUUCUCCUGCCCCCUCUUUCGUCUCUUCACACUUCGAGGAUUACAGCACUCGCGGGCUCUCAUACGAGCCCAUCACUCCUCCUCAACAUGCUAUGCCUGUUGGCGCUGAGCCUGCAUACAUUGCCAACGAAGACACUGGUCUUUAUUCCGCUAUUCCAGAAAUGCAGCCUAUGCAUAAUUACAACCCUAUGGCCUCGCUACCGCCGUCAACAAUGGCUGGCCCGACAUACGCAGCUGCUCCCCGUGCAUUCCCUCCUUCCAACGUCUAUUCUGUCAUCGAAGGAUCUCCCACCUAUAAGGCACGCAGGCGGCGUUCAUCAAUUCCGUCGUCGAUCAUGAAUGCUGUAGCUGCAAAUGCUGUUGCUCAAGUGACCCACGGUAUGAAAACGCAUAUGCCGCAAAGGCCUAGCGAUCUUCGACGAUCCAUGUCCAGCUCUGUCCUGCCUAUUGCAGAGGGUGACGAAUCUGGUGGUGCUUCACCACAAGGCCUUGCGCACAGUUAUGCCAACUCCGUCAUGAACAAAAUGGAUCAGCUCAAUGAUUACUCUCGACAUACAACUCCUUUGGCCAGUCUCGAAGAAGACUCCAUGCACUCGAUGGGGAUGGUGACUGCCGCCGAGAUGAUGUCGGGCAUGACCGGAGAGGACAUGCAUGCUCCCUCACUACUGGCCAGCCCUGCCGUCAGAAUGGAAAGGCCUGGUCCUAUCCGGAGAGCACGAAGUGCAACCAUGAUGGAACUUGGUGUACCCUACAAGUCACACUCUUGUCCAAUUCCUAGCUGCGGUCGCCUAUUCAAGCGCCUUGAACAUCUCAAGCGCCACGUUCGAACACACACUCAGGAACGUCCUUACGUGUGCCCAUAUUGCAACAAGGCAUUCUCACGUUCCGACAACCUGGCUCAACAUCGUCGGACCCAUGAAACCCAACCAGAUGGCCAGCUGCCACCAAACACGAGCGAUGAGGAGCUCGAGACCGAAGAAAACGACUUUGGCGACAUGGAUGAUCUCUCCUCGCCUGACGAUGUCACCCGUCCCACAAGUGUCUCUGGCAUGAUGGCCAUGUCCAUGCCUCCUCCAUCCACACUUGUUAUGCAAAUGUCCCAGCCAAUGAUGGCACCCAGUCAACUUAUCCAACCUUCCAUGUUGCAAAAUAUGUAGACAUUUAUGACACGAAGCUGAUGAAAUCCUGGAAAGGAAAAGAUUUUGCACUUAUCAUUGUUUGCCGGAGGAAAUCUGAUGCGCUUAUGACCACGAAGUCGACUUUGUCUUUCCUGCAGCAUCGCACUGAGGAGCCAACUUCAAGCUCUUUAGAAGGUGGAGUUUGAGCGUGAGCAGAGAGCACCUUCGAGCGACUUGGGCUGUGAAGGAAUGUCUCUCGAUGCUGUUAUGGCCU